AUGAAGGCGGUCCGCUUCGUGAUGCGCGGCGCCGGCACGCUGAGCCGCGCCAGCCUGGUCCCCCGCGAGGUCGAGCAUUUCUCCCGGUACAGCCCGUCCCCGCUGUCCAUGAAGCAGCUGCUGGACUUCGGUUCGGAAAAUGCAUGUGAAAGAACUUCUUUUGCAUUUUUGAGACAAGAAUUACCUGUGAGGCUUGCCAAUAUCCUGAAGGAAAUUGAUAUCCUCCCUGAACGAUUAGUAAAUACCUCUUCAGUGCAGUUAGUUAAAAGCUGGUACAUCCAGAGCCUGAUGGAUUUGGUGGAAUUCCAUGAGAAGAGCCCAGAAGACCAGAAAGCACUAGCAGAAUUUGUCGAUGCUCUCAUCAGAGUUCGAAAUAGACACCAUAAUGUAGUUCCUACAAUGGCACAAGGAAUCAUCGAAUAUAAAGAUGGCUGUGCAUUUGACCCAGUCACCAAUCAAAAUCUUCAGUAUUUCUUGGAUCGAUUUUACAUGAACCGUAUUUCUACCCGGAUGCUAAUGAACCAACACAUUCUUUUAUUUAGUGAGUCAGAGUCAGGAAACCCAACCCACAUUGGAAGCAUUGAUCCAAACUGUGAUGUAGCAGCAGUGGUUGAAGAUGCCUAUGAGAGUGCAAAGAUGCUUUGUGACCAGUAUUACUUAACAUCUCCUGAAUUAAAACUCACACAAGUGAACGGAAAAUCUCCAGGGCAACCGAUUCACAUUGUGUACGUUCCUUCUCACCUUCACCAUAUGCUUUUUGAACUAUUCAAGAAUGCAAUGAGGGCAACAGUUGAACACCAGGAAAACUUGCCUUCCCUCACACCAGUUGAGGUGAUUGUUGUCUUGGGGAAAGAAGAUCUUACAAUUAAGAUUUCAGACAGAGGAGGCGGUGUUCCCCUGAGGAUCACUGACCGCCUUUUUAGUUAUACCUACUCCACUGCCCCAACGCCGGUGAUGGAUAACUCCCGGAAUGCUCCUUUGGCCGGUUUUGGUUAUGGCUUGCCGAUUUCUCGUCUCUAUGCCAAGUACUUUCAAGGGGACCUGAAUCUCUACUCUUUAUCAGGAUAUGGAACAGAUGCUAUCAUCUACUUAAAGGCUUUGUCUUCCGAGUCUGUAGAGAAACUCCCGGUCUUUAACAAAUCAGCCUUUAAGCAUUAUCAGAUGAACCCUGAGGCUGACGACUGGUGCAUCCCAAGCAAGGAACCAAAGAACCUGGCGAAGGAAAAAGUGGCCGUGUGAAGAGGGACGCUCAGGGCACUUUAAGGGAUCAAAGUGGGUCUGUGGCAGUGCCGCUUUCUGAAUGUUUGCAUGCGGACUCUUCUCCCUCAAACAACAGCCACAAAAACUCCUCGACCAGGACACUGAGGGGGAGAGGAACAGAGCUCAUUCCUGUGACCCAGGAGAGCACAGGGCAGGACGACAGGAGUAAACACGUGGCCAGCUCUUUAUUCUUCAAAUGGAGAAUAAUGCUUGGGUUUAUAUCAAAACCCGAAUAAGAUGUAAGCCUCAAUUUGUCAUCUCUUCAUCAACAGGAAUGGGAAAAGAAGUGCAGUGAAGACAUAGGCUAUCAGUUUCAAUAGACUGAUGUUUUAGAGUUUAGACCUUUGGUUAAUGUCAUAAGAUAUUAGUAUUUAUUGAACAUCAAGUGUCAAUUACAAUAGUAUUUUCCUGCCAUUCAAAGGAGUGGGGCUUGGUUUAUACCUUACGACUAGAAAUGUAUGUAAAUGUGCAUUUUGUAUAUAAGUAUACGCUCUAGGGAGGAAAAACUGGUGACUAAAAAUAACACUCACUUUGAAUGACGAGUAAGUCAAAACGUUUUAUUAAAAGCUGCAGCCAAGGCCUUGAGCCUCUGUAAAAACGCAGAAGAUAGCCUUUUCUGGUAAAUACAGGGCCUUUAUUAUGCUGCUUUCCCUGUUCACACCUCACAUAGUAAGUGAGCUUAUUGCCAGGUACCUCGUCGUGGGCGAAUUUUAAAAUAAUGCACUGAAUUCAGAAUGUUGGUGGUUGGAGGGGGAGAAGAGUUGCCAAAGUGAGAGCAAAACUAUCUCUCUUGUUGGUAAAUAAAACGGUAGAUUGGAAAACUGACGUUAGGGAAGGAAAUCAUGCAUUCAGAACCUAAUUCAGAGAGAAGGCCUGUUCUCUACCCUGCAGUGGUGGCAAUCCAAAGACAUCCAUUUUCUAGGUUCAAACAGAUGUGUUUUUGUAUGUAUUCAAUUAUACUCUACACUCCAGAAUUUACGUGUGUGUAAAAAAUUCCUAGGUAUCAAAUAAUCUAAGAACAUUACAAUUUAAAUACUUCUUGGAAAGUUUUUAACAAGGAGCCUGGGAAGAAGAGGAUUUCAUGCCAGAAUAUUUUCGUUUCGAAUUAAUGGCAUUGAGAGCUAAUGAAUGACAGCUGCAAUGCGUAUGGAACUUUUGGGGAGUUCAGGUAUAAUAUGCAGGUUGACAGGGCAUUCCUUAAGGAAAGGAAAAAGGGAAGGAGGGGAGGAAGGAAGGAUGGAAGGAAAGGAAAGAAGGAAGGAAGGAAGGAAGGAAGGAAGGAAGGAAGGAAGGAAGGAAGGAAGGAAGGAAGGAAGGAAGGAAGGAAGGAAGGGCAUUUUGCUAUAUCCCCCACAAAUUACUUCAAGAAAUGGUUCAUAUUGGCAAAAGGAUGAAUUGGUGUCUUUCAAAACAGUAUGACUUUUUAAAAAUGGCUCUCUGAGUUUUGCAAGAUACUAGUUUUUAAUGAGAUAAUAAACUCAUGUGUCAAAUUGAAGUUUAAACUGGGAUAUAGAAAAAACUAGACUUUUCUGCAUUGGAAAAUAAUCAGUACUGUCUAUGCGUUGAACGUAACAUUUGUAAUUAAUUUUGUCAUGGCCUAGUGUUGUGGUGCUUCUGGUAGUAGCCAUAGAAGCAUCAAACCAUUUGUUUCAAACUUCAAAUUUCGUCAUCAGAAGUCCUACGUAGGGAUUUUUCUUGAUGAUGGGAUUCUGGCUCAUACAUUUAUUACUUACACAAAACUAUUUGCAAUAAAUUAUUUGAAUAUUCAGUUUUUACUGAAAUUUAAACAUUUUUGCAUGUAAAUACUUAUGUUUACCAAAGAUUUAAAGCAGUUGAUUAAUUAAUUAACCCAAUCACCAUGAACUAUCAUUAAAACACUACAGAAAAAGAAAUGUUGAUAUCUCAAUGACAUCAACUGUGUAAAUGGAGUUCUAUAAAAUAGAAAUAGACUACAUUGGUAUUUGUAAAAUUUACAGAUGAGCUUUAGAAUUCUACUGAAUAGAUACUGAUGCUCAGACCCACUUAAAUUAUUAAUGUAUAAAUUGUAUUUUUUCCUUUAAGUUAUGUACAGAGAAAUGUGAUAAUUUUUAUAAUAAAUAUUUUUAUUAUAAGAGUA